UCAAAUUUAACUUAUUCAAAUUCAGUUUCUGAUGGCACAGAUUUCUGCUCAUAGCUGUACAUCAGGAGUGUGGUCUGACACUGAAUUUCUGAAGUAAUCAAGACUUUUCCAGAAGAAGACAUCUGGGUGCCAACAUGUGUUGCUUUAACACCUAAGAUCUUCUAAGCUACUCAUGUGCAAAUUCCCCCCAGGUCAGACCAUGCAGCCUUCAGAGAAACUGCAAAAAGCCCACGAGCUACACGUUAGACUCUGCAGGCCUCGGUUAGCAGGUUAAAUGUUACAGUUCAUGUCGGUACAGCUAAAGAAACCUGAACAAGACAGCCUCAUUUAAUAAUAUGAUGGGGGACCUCAUUAAUCCAGGCCAUGUCCGAGCCGGUAUGGCUUCGGUUAUCUGUCCAAGGUAGGCUUGUAUAGCAUGGGGGGUCUAGCCUAGGGACCCUUACUGGAUACAGACGCCCUGGUCGGGAGUCGAACCCCCAACCUGAAGUUCCAAAGGCGUGUAGUAUUUAAGCUAGUCAUGCAAAAUGCUAGCUUUGAACUGUGUGUGGACAGUGGGCCCACUGUGGCUCACAGCAUGACAAGGUGUCCUUGACCAAGAUAUUGAAUCCUACACUGUCCCUGGUGCACCCAUCAAUUUGUGUGACUGAUGAAAUGCCCAAAAUAAGCACCUUGUGUUUGAACAAAUGUAUUUUACAGAUUGGAUGAAGGCAACAACGUUUUAAGAUGUUUAUAUAACUGUUGUCAUUUUUUAAUGUUGUGUAGCUUGUUGUUGGUGUGAUGACAAACCACUCGUGACACCUUGCAGGGACUUCCUCUGUGAUCGUGUGGUGAGCUGAAAGGAACACUGAACCAAAGCAGGACUUUGGUCUCCUGCCAUCCUGUGUUUUUUCCUUUGGAAACCCCCAUCCACUUCUCUCACUGCCCAGUAACACAGUCCUACUGUUCUUUCUGUUCGUUCACUCUCCUUCUAUCAUCUAUCUGCCCAUCUUGCACCACAAAUAGGUUAACAGAAUCCAAGUGCCAAAAACUAGGAGACCAUCUCAGCUGUUUCUGUAGAAGCACUGCUAAUAGAAAGAACACAAGUGGAUGUAACUGCCCCCACCCAAGUCCAGAGUUUGGUUCAGUCCCACGGGCGAUGAGACGAGCCAGGAGCUUCAUCUUUCUCUAGACACUUUCUUCUACACCUUCUGUCUUCAUGCUUUGGGGGUCCUCAGGUGCCCCCACCCCGUGUCGACCCCCCAACACCCAUUGCCACCACGGCAGACCACCCCAAUCGCCUUGUUGCCAUGCCGACAGAGACACUGACUCCAGCCCUGCCAGAUAGCAAGGCUGCUGGCCCUGCAACGCCCUUCAGUUCCACUGUACCCCUCCGCAUCCUCAACAAGGGCCCCGAGUACUUCAGGAGACAGGUGGAACCAAACCCUAAGCGCCUCAGUGCUGUUGAAAGACUAGAAGCUGAUAAGGCCAAGUAUGUCAAGAGCCAGGAAGUCAUCAAUGCCAAGCAGGAGCCAAUCAAACCACCUGUGCUUGUUAAACCUCCUGCUGGCCAUCCCCUGCUAUCCAAGAGAGGCUCUGGCAUCGGUGGAGGAGGCAGUGGAGGCGGGUUACCUUUCAAAGCAUCCAAUAACAAUGCCAAGUCAGACACUUGUGCAACAAGCUGUGGCAGCAUCAAACGGGAGAAUUUAAACCUAGAGAUCCUAAAAAAUCUGCUAAACUCAUCGUCUUCUUCAGCAGCAGGAUCUGGAGGUGGAGCUAAGAGUGCUGUGCAGAUGAGGUCAACAGGUGGAAUGCCCAGGAGUUGGACACCAUCGGGUUUCAUUUCCCAGAGAUGCUGGAGAAUCUCAAUUUUGAUGCCGUUAACCUAUCGGUCUACCAUGACUCUUAACGAACAACCGCCCGACUCGACUCCCAGUCCCAGCACCUCACACUCCCUCCGAUCCUUCUCCCAUUCACUGAAGGUUCCCCCGAUCAACAGCGGAGGGCGUCGCAGUCCGCAACAGGGAGGAAACCUGAAUCUCAGCAGACGAGUCCAAGAUGAGAGAAGCAGCGAAGGAGGUGUUAUGGAUCGUUCUCGUUCCCCGCUGCCACCUCUGCUUACUUCCCACUCAUCUUCCGACCUCCUGCGGCUGUGCAACGGCAAGCCGCUCCGUACUGCACGAUCCAGUAGCUCCUCAGCUCCGCCCCUCCCUCCAAAACCUAAACCUGCUUCCCUCCCUCCUCCUGCACUUUCUUUGUCACUGCCUCCCCCUCGUCCAGCCCCAUCCCCCUCACCUUGUGACAACACCACCCCUCAGUCGCUACCUUGUGAUCUUGGAGAUCCUUCAAAAGUGUUAGCUGAUCCUAACCUCGAGCUAGAGCCUGGUUCGUCAGUGGCACGUCGCUCCUCGCUGCACAGAUCUAAAUCAGACCUGUCAGACCGUUACGCCCGGGCUGGAGCUGACGUGGAACGCUUUUUUAACUACUGCGGACUUGACCCUGAGGAGCUGGAGGCGGUUGGUCCGGAGAACUUUGCACGGGCUAACUCGGAUAUCGUCAGUUUGAAUUUCCGAUCAGCUUCUAUGAUUUCCUCUGACUGCGACCAUUCUCGGCGAUCUUCCAAUGAUGGUCUGUCAGAUGGGGAUGAGGGUGAGGACGAAGAGGAGGAGGCUGGGGAGCGUGUGCCAUAUGGCAUUUCGGCUGUGGAGCGAAAUGCAAGGGUCAUUAAAUGGCUAUAUAGCAUUAAGCAGGCAAGAGAGUCACACAAAGUGUCCCAUGUUUAGAAGUGAAGGUUCUUUAGGCUAAAGACAAACUGUGCUAAUCUCUGAAGGAAUCAUCGGAGCGGCAUUUCUCACAGAUAAAGAGGCUGUUGUCUUAUUGCUGAACGAAAACUUUUUCAAAUGUGUGUAGCUGAAUUAAAGAGGGAGGACUGCACAGGUGUAACCCAAACAAGGUAAGGAAAGAGACAAAAUAGUGUCUGAAGAUUACAGAAAAGACAAAGACUGCAGUCCUCCAAAGAACAAGAAAAACACCAAGAACAGAAAGAGGAAAAGCAAAUUCAGCGCUUACUCUAGAGUGGCAGUUAAUUGCUUCUCUGUUGACACUGUAGGAACUGUUGUGUAAGCAACAGGAACAAAAGUGAAAUGCACUGCAUUUGUCCAAGGAUCCAUAAUGUGGCUAUCUCAGUAGAAAGGAUUCAAGAAGUUUCUCACAGAGGACAUUUGGACUUGUCAGACAUCAGUACGACUGACGCUCUGUUAAAGUGUCGCCUUUGACACCUGCACUCAUCGCCCACGUCUUUAAAAUGUUCCUCAGUACACUUUUGGGCUCUUUCAUGGUCACUUCCUCAGUAGGAAAUAGUCGGCCAGUUGUAAGUGGUUGAACAUCAUCUUACCUCCCAAAUGCUGUCUGUUAGAAUAAUAAAGCUACAGGUUAACUGUCUUUAGCUAGCACAGAAAUAUUUUAUACAGGCCUCAGUCUUGCUUACAUUUAUCACUCAUUACAGAUACUUUGGAUAUGUUCUCCCUUUGGGACACUAAGAAACAAAAAAAACAAAACUCUAACCUCUGACCCUGUGACCAAGUUUGCAUAGUAAAUGUAUACAUGUGAUAAACUGAAAGCUUAAACAACAAAAACCCUACUAAGUGGAUUUGUGAAUUUAGCAUUAAAUCAGCACUUUUCUUGGACGGAGGCAGCUAUCUUUCACACAAUCUGCCUAAAUUUGCACUCAAUGCAGCGCAUGUAGCUUAUUGCUAAACCAUUGGUGAAUGACAUCACGCUCGUUGUGGUUUGUCUAGCACCUCACAGAAGUGCUAAACAAAUGGAUUCUAUAUCAAUGGUUUAAAAUGCUAAGUUCUUCCUCACAGUACUUUUCUGAUUGUUUGAGGUGAUCAGCUCCCCAGUUUCCUGCUUUUUGCCUUAUCAAAAACAUCAGUAGCAUCAUUCACUCACAGUAAUAGGGUUGCCAACUUUUUAGCUAACAAAUACGGGACACUCUGGCAUGCCAGAAGCACAAUACACAACCAGCUGGGUGUGGUGCACAUAUGCACUGUAUGUGGCAUUGCAGGUAAUGGUCAAUAAAUGGGACAAUUCAAUUCAAUUUUAUUUAUAUAGCGCCAAAUCACAACAAAAGUCGCCUUAAGGCGCUUUACAUUUAAGGUGGACUAAGGGACAAACCAAUGUUUGCUCGUUAUACAGCUAAAACAGGGCAGUUGGCAAUCCUAGACAAACAAAACAGCACAUGAAUUUUAAAUAAAAAGUGAAAAUCCUUAUUAAGUAGCACUUGUUGCCAUAACUUGAGUUGGCAUUGUUCAUAAGUUGGUGGAACGGAGUCAUCGUCUGUGCUUUCCUACAGUAACAAGUCCAAAUGUCCACUGUGAGAACAACCUGCACGCGGUGCUGAUGCGGCUGUUAAACACACCUUGUGAAAGGCGCUGCUGCAAACACGACUGAACUGUCAGAGCAAACUCGGUAAAAUCACUUGAUAUUUGCGUAAAGUGACUGUUAAAGGAUGGAUUGAUGACUUCAUCACGAGCCUCAAUGAAGUUGCUGCAAAUUGUUGAAAAACUCUGAAAUACAGACGGUGUUAGAGUUUCGAAAUAUAGACAUCAGAGCGGGUGGUGAGUGAGACAUGAAGGAAAGCAAGGAACAUGAAACAAAAACUAACGUCACAAACUGAGCAUAUUUAUGUGGUUACACCAUCAUAUCAUUACACUCUUUGGCCUUUAUCACAAAAUGUAUCAUUAAGCUGCCAUGUCAGCCAACAGAGCAUUUCAGCGGAGAGUUUGGGUGUCCUGUGGUGGGAUAUCUGUAGAUGACAUAUUCAAUUCAGGUGUAUUUAUUUAGCACCAGAUCACAACAGCAGUCACCUCAAAGCACUUUACACUGUAAAGUGAAGAGCCUACAGUAUUCUAGAGAAAACCAUGACCCCUAGUUUUAAUUUGAAAGCUUUUGAUUGAAGAGCCGUGGUUUUAAUGGGAAUUUCCCAACUACUUCUCCAGCUUAAGGUCACAGAGGGUUGGAGCCUUUCCCUAUUCAGACAGCCAUUGUACCACUCAAGUCAGAAUUAACUGUGGCAAUGAACAGAUUUCUUCAGUGAGGCUGCUCUCAUGACGUAGGGUGACAUAAACAGAAGUGUUAAAGUACCACACCUUGACUUCAUGCUGCCGAUGUCAGUGGGACUAUUAAACAGACCACAACUACUGACUUUUCUUUGGUGGCACCCAAAUAAACCAAACGUCCGGUGUUGAAGAAGCUGAAACAAUCAGACCUGUAGACAUAUCCACAGACGGUUCAAACGUUUAUGCAGUGGAAACUUCAUGAGAAUGUAAGUGAAGUUGCAGGACACCAAGACUCUCCUGUCGAAACAAUGUUGGUACAAAUCAUCAUGUGUCACCACGUGCAAAAACCUACACUGAAAGCAAUAUUAUGCAUACCGUAUUGCAGUGCAGUACAGUGUAUGAAGCUGUCAGACUGAAGUGUUGCUCACGCUGAUUGCACCCUGCAGCCACACACAGCUCCAGCAGUGCGUCUGCCACCCUGCGCUGACUCUCCAUCUCUCGCCUGUAUUCAAACCCUCAGUCAGUCCGUCACAGGAGGAAAGUCUUUCACUCUGCCUUUGUGUGCUCCUAAUAAUGACGGUGGCCGAUUACUGAGUUCCACACCACCCUUCACAUCUGUCUGCAAGCCGCUGACAUGUCUGAAGGCCUGAAGCCAUAUGGGUGUGAAUGCAGUGCCUCAGCCAGCAGUUCCAUCUACCCCACCACCACCUCCUUUUAGCUCACUUACAGGUCUGCAAAGGUCCAAGCACCCUGCUGGCUUCACUUCACUGCCCCUCAUAUUGCACUGCAGAUGGUGUUGGUGCUGUGGAAGCGUAAACGUCUGAAACAGCUGGAGUCGGCUCUGCAACGCUGAAUUGAAUUUGGGUUGGGAGUGGGGGUAAGAUGACUCGCAUGUUAGUUAAGCUCCUUAUAAAGCCGUCCACUUUCAAAUGCAACCAAAAACAAGGUGCUUGCUCAAAGCACCUUCAUGCUUACUGUCAGUGUCAGAAAAGAAACGCUUCACCUAAUGGACACACAGCUGCUGCCAGAUGUUUUACAGCUUUGAAUGUUUCAUACUUACAGAACUCCAGGUGCAGCGUAGAUGCAGUCAUAAGUGAAUGUAACUGAUUUUCUUCACAUAUGAAACAUUUCUAAAUGUACCUGUACAUCACUGGUUAGCUGUUCACAUAGUGCUCUCAGGUACAGGAACAAGUUCCCGUUUCCUGAAAUGAUGCACAGGAACGUGUCUUUGCUGAGCUGUAGCGGUCAGGGUCAAAGUAUAAUGCUUGUUCUUCUAAGUAUUUAUGAACAAAGUGUAUAGCUGUAAUAAUCUCAAAAACCUUCCAAACAUCAAAUUCUUGAAAAUAGCACUUGCCUCGUGAAACACAAAAACUCAGUUCAGCUGCUAGGAAACAAGGAAACAAGUACCAAGAAAGCAGUGGUUUUCUCUGAGGACUGAACAUCAUUCUCCCAGCAGCCUCUGCACCUCAUAGGAGACGCAAUGAGUUGUGCCAUGAGUCCAAGUGUCAGUAUGCCUUAAAAGGUUCUCGUCAGAUCCUGAACCAGCGAUUGGUUAGAUGCUUGAUUCUUCAGUCAAUGAGCAAACACUGCCAGCACAAGUGAAAAUGGUAGAAAACAUGAAACUGAAGAUACCCACUUAACAUUAGAGAGGUUAUAGGGAAUAAUUAGAUGAUGCUGAACAGUGAUACUGUCAGCAUACUGAACAUAAAUAUUACCUCUAAAAAUGUCAAACUAGUGCUCUGAAAACACUAAAAAAAGUCAUGAAAUUCAUUGUUAAACUCUGAAACAUACAAAUGGACUGAUUCUUAUAUAGCGCUUUUCUACUCUCCUGGAGUACUCAAAUUCACCCAAGCACUUCCUUCUAUACACUCCGAUGGAUGCAUCGGAGAGCAACUUGGGGUUAGUAUCUUGCCCAAAGAUACUUGGCAUGCAGACUGGGGAAGCCAAGGAUCGAACCACAAACCUUCCAGUCAGUAGCUGAUUUGCUCUACCACCUGAGCCUAAACCCUUUUUUUACUAAGUUUUUGGUCUCAGUCACUAGUUUGAUGUUUUAGUGAACACAAUGUGAUGCUUCCUGUGUAAAGGAUAAUUAACAGUAAAACAGGACACUCGUUACCAUAGUCAUGCAGUGUCCGAGGGGCCAGGCUUCCAAAGAUUUAGGUUAGCAUAGACCCAUUCACAAUAGCAACAACCCCACCCCUAGCUCAGAGUUAUUAGACAAAACACCAACCAAGUGAUCCCAAAGUGUGUGGACACAGUUGUCAUGAGUUGCGGGAUGUUUAAUGUUCCGAAGACAGCGGGUGUGAAGUGAAGCCAGCUGGAGGACUGGCCCUAUUCCGAGUCUGAGCACGUUCCUGACCCUUCAUUCACCUCACGUCUUCCCAGCAUCCCUUGUGGAAUCAAGCAAACCCUGCUGCUUCUCCCUGACAGUAUGGUAUGGCAGCAGCAACAUCGUGUGCCAUUUUCACUUUUGUCGACAUGAUGUGCUUUUCCUUUGACUCCUAGACAGAAGGAUCUAGAGUGGUAAUUGUUUUACUUUUCAUUCAAAGUGUAAAUAUUGUAAGAAAAAUGUAUAUAUUUGAUUUUCAAAGGACAGUGUGUUGUGUUUCAGUUUUUUCAGUGUUAUAAAAGACCGGGAACAAAGCUCUGCUGUUUUGCUGUUGCCCUCAAACAGAACUGUCUGAUUGAGCUGGGCAUGACUGUUUCAGUGUUGAUCAUGUUUUUUGAUGUGGAAACUUACAUUUUGCUUCAUUGGGAGAAAAAAAAUUACAAAAAUGUCUUCAUGUUUAGUUUCUUUUCCAUUAUUUCAAUAAAUGUCUUCUUUUCCCAUGUCUUGCCGCUCAUGUUUGUAAGUGCUGACCUAUUAAACUAAGAUGGUGGAACCUGAA